CUUCUCCUUAGAAUAUCUUCUCUUCUUCUUCCCCAAACCCAAAACCACUCCGGUUUUCUCUAUCUUUGUCUUCCUCCUCUCAAACCAGUCAAUUUUUUUUGAUUAAUUCUCUGUAAAUUGUAUUGAUAUAAAAUCUGAAUUUAUAUAGCUCUGAUUCGGGUUCCAGCUUAACUAUAAAGUUUUAUCUGUGAAACUAUAUUUAUUAUAUAUAUAUUUUGGGGCAAAAUUUUGGUCUGUUCAUAUCGAUUUUCAGCUGGAUCGAGCUCAGUAAUGGCAACUCAGGUUUUUAUUGAUGUGUGGUUGGAGUUUUUGCUUCCAUGGAGUUAAAUUUUGCUUCUUUUUUAAUUUUGAAUUGGUGAUUUAGGGUUUGAACAAUUUUUAUUGUUUUAUUAUACUGAUAUGAAGCGAUUGGGUUCACAGGGUUGAAGGAGUAUAAUGGGUUGAAUUGAAAGUUGUAGAGAUGAAGUCUACUUUGGUCAUGGCCUUUAUAUGUUUCUUUAUUAUGCAUUUGUCUAUCCGUGAAACUCGUGUUAUCAAUGAUUUGCGACUUGUGCUUAGCUAACGGGUCCGUUCUUGAAAGGGGAAGCUUUGUGAAGAUGACUACUCGAGAUGGGUGUUAGUUGGGUUUGGAGUUCGGGGGUAUCCUUAUUCUCAGAAUAUUUUUGCUGAAUUUGAUUGACUGAUUUCGUCCUGAUGAGCUUUGAUGAUGAAGGGUCCGAAGAGUUACCUGAACUAAAUCGCCAGUUGCAGGAAGUGAAGAAGAGAGUUCAAGAAGAAGUUGCAGUUCGGGAACAGCGAAGGUUAGUUGGGAAAGAUGAGUUGAGAAGUAGCAGUAGUAAGGAAGAUGUAAAAGAUGGGCGAGGUGGUGGGGCAGUCAUCGUUGAACCACAGACUGUCCUGCAAAUGCCGCAACCGCAGCCACAAGGGGCAAUGGUUUGCUGGGAGAGGUUCCUACAUCUUAGAUCACUCAAGGUUUUGCUGGUGGAAGAUGAUGAUUCUACUCGUCAUGUUGUCACUGCGCUGCUUCGGAAUUGCAGUUAUGAAGUUAUCGAAGCUGGAAAUGGGUUACAAGCGUGGAAGAUUCUUGAAGAUUUGUCCAAUCAUGUUGAUAUUGUUUUAACUGAAGUGGUCAUGCCUUGCUUGUCAGGCAUUGGUCUUUUAUGCAAGAUCAUGAGCCAUAGAACACGGAAAAAUGUUCCUGUGAUUAUGAUGUCAUCUCACGAUUCAAUGGGUCUAGUCUUUAAGUGUUUGUCCAAGGGUGCUGUUGAUUUCUUGGUGAAGCCCAUACGGAAAAAUGAGCUCAAGAACCUCUGGCAGCAUGUUUGGAGAAGAUGCCACAGUUCUAGUGGGAGUGGGAGCGAAAGCGGUGCACAGACUCAAAAAUCUGUAAAAUCAAAGACUGUUGCAGCUUCUGACAACAACACUGGAAGCAACGAUGAGGAAGAGAAUGGAAGUACUGGUUUGAAUGUCGGAGAUGGAAGUGACAACGGAAGUGGCACUCAGAGCUCUUGGACAAAACAAGCUGUAGAAGUUGAUAGCCCCAGACAAAUGUAUUCAUUGAGUCAAAUUCCUGAUAGUACUUGUGCUCUGGUUGUCCAUUCAAAUGCUGAAAUGCACGGUAUUAAAUUGGUCAAUGCCUCUUCAAGAAAGGAGUGCCAAGCACAGAAGGAACGCAUUGACGAUGUUGCAAUGGGAAAAGACUUGGAGAUAGGCAUGACUAGUAAACUGAAAGUGCAACUCGAAUACCCAACUGAGGCUCCAACAAAACUCGCUGUCACAAGACAAAAUAAUCUGGUUGAGAUAGGUUCCAGCAAGUUUAAUGAGAAAAUUAACAAGGGACAAAUUGAUGUCAAUUAUGAUCGGCCAUCAUGCAAACUCAAGUAUGAAAGUCCGACACUGACUGGUGCUGUCACUAAUACUGCUGAUCUUCAGAUGGACAUGGAAUGUGAGGCUCCAAACUGUCAUUCCAUGGUCUUUGACAAUAAGAAUAAAGGAAUAACUGAUACAGAUGAAAUACCAUCCCUGGAGCUUAGUUUAAAAAGACUUCGAGGAGUUCAAGACAAUAGUGUCACUGUACAAGAUGAUCGAAAUGUCUUGAGGCGCUCUGAUUCUUCAGCUUUCUCAAGGUACAAUGUAGCAUCAAAUACUAACAAGGCUACUGGGAAUACUGGAAGUAGUUUUCCACAUGAUAAUAGCAUGAACAUUAUGAAAAAGGAAUGCCAAGAUAUUCGAUCUCAAUCCAGUGGCAACAAUCCUUUCAAUCACAGCUCGGCUGGAACGAGCAAUAAUAUUGAGAUGGGUUUUACGAAUAAUAAUGCCUUUUCCAGUCAAGUUUUAAACAAUUCAGUAACAGGAUCCACUAUCCAACAAUCAUAUCCUUCUUCCACAUUCCAUCCUGUGAAAAAUGACCUUUCUGGUGCUCCUCAGCAAGUCAUAACAGAUAAUGCCGAUGAUGAGACAGCAAGUGUUGUUCUGUCUCACUCAAAGGGUGCCCACAAGGAACAUCAUAAUCAGCACCUCCAUAUUCAUUAUGAAAACCACCAAGUCCACCAUCACCAUCACCAUCACCAUCACCACCAUCUUGUGCGCGGUGUUCAACAACAGCAGCCAACUGAUAAUAGUUUUUCCUUGAAGAAAUUGGCUUCAGCUGCUCCACAUUGUGGGUCAUCAAAUGUGCUUAGUGGGCCUGUCGAAGCUAACACUGGAAAUUGCAGUAUCAAUAGAAGUGCUUCAGGCAGCAACCAUGGGAGCAAUGCUGCAAUUAAUGUUGGAGGGACAAACAUUGAAAGUGAUAAUGGAAAUUCUGGCAAAAGUGGUAGUGGUGAUGCUAGUGGGAGUGGGAGAGUAGAUGAAAACAAGUCUGCACAGAGAGAAGCUGCAUUGACCAAGUUUCGCCAGAAGAGAAAGGAGAGAUGCUUUCGUAAAAAGGCAUGGAAAGCUGUUGGGCUAUGAUGGUUCGAUAUCAAAGCAGAAAGAAACUGGCAGAGCAACGACCCCGUGUGCGGGGACAAUUUGUGCGGCAGACAAUGAGUGAGAACACAAGCAGGACAACAGACAGCUAAUUCUUUGACCUGGUUUUUGGUUUGUAUAGUCAUAAUGAAAUGUGGUAUUGGGGGGGCUUGGCUUAGCAAGCAAUGUUGCAUUUUAAGGAGUGGGCAAUUCAAAGUAUCGAUGGUGGUGGAGGAGACACUUUAAGCAACUCUUUUGGACACGUAUCUUUGAAUUGUAUUCUAUGACUGCGAUUGUAUUAAACUCUUAUAUAGAGUUUUCAGCCUUUUCUGGAAGUGAAACCCACUUAUUUGGUGUAGCUUUAUAGUUGAACCCUGUUUCUUUGGCUUUUUAACUUUUAAUUGAUUUUAACCUUUUUCUUUC